GAUAAGAGAGUACAACAUGAUUGUUUUCCUGACAUUGAAUAUUGUCCUCCACCUAUGGAAGAGCCACCAUUUGAGCCGGAUGACGAAGACCUUAAAAUUGAUUUCGAGUUUUUCAAACACCCACCUAACUUUGACGCGUAUGAGUUUGAAAAUAUCAUUUAUGAAGAAUCCACUAUAAAGAAUUUCAAUGAUAAUGAUUUACAAGAUAGAGAAUUUAUGACCGAGGAAGGCAAGUAUUACGUAUUCUCUCUGUAUUUCUUAUUUGCAAAAAGGUAA